AUGAAUGCAAACAAAAAGCAAACAAAAAUUAGAAGGGCAAAAAGCACUUUGAAGAGUUCUAGAAAGGAAAAAUAUAGCAUAGAAGAUUUAGAAACAGAAAAGGAAAGUAACAUAUCAUCUUAUGAUCUUGAUUAUUAGGAUGAUAUUUGGGAGAUUAAUUCUAAUUAAAAAGCAGCUGAAAUAUCUUUUUCUUAGAAAAAAAAUGUAAGUGUGAAUAGCAGUCUUAAAGGGAGAAAUAAUAGUCAGCUAGUUAAAUCUGACGAUUUAGCUAUGAAGACUUCUAAUAAACCUAUCAGGAGAGUUAACACAAGCAUAAGCAUGAGUUAGAGCUCUGUAUAAAUAUAGGAUGAAAGCAUAGAUUUGGAUGCUGAAAGCGAUCAAGAAAGUGAUGAUGAUUCACAUCUCACUCCAGAAUAAAAAUAACUAAAAGAUAGAUGGCUUCAAAUAUUCCAAAAAAUAUCUAAAAGUAGAAUAAAGACGGAUGAAGCUUUUGAUUUUGAUGUAGAAUAGGAACUUUAAUUAGUUUUGUAUGAGUGGAAAGACUCAGGAUGUAUAUUAGAGUGUAUUUCCAAGCUCUAUUCUAUGAAAGUUGAUAGACUAUCAAAAGAGGCUUAUCAUUUAUUAGCAUGUAUAGCAAGAGGAUAAAUAGGUGGAGACAAGAGUAAAGAAAUGGAAAAUGAAGAAUAAGAGGAUGAAAGCAAGAAUGAAGGAAAUAAAUAAGACAGAAACGAUUAAAAAAAAAAGAUAGUUUCAUUUGAAGAAAAAUAAAUCUAACAAGGAUCUUUUGAAAAUUUUGAUCCGUUUAUUGCUGGUUAAAAGCAGAUAGAAAAGCCAGAAAAAUUAAUUGUUGAUAAGUAUGAUAUUCUUUUUGAUCUAGAUCCUCUAUUUAGGAAGAAAAGCUAGUAUUUUGACGAUACUAGCUCGGAAGGUCUUCUUCUUAAUGUACUGGAAGUAGAUAAAGAGCUUUGUAUAAAUUUGUCUGAAUUAGAUGAGGCAUUGGGCAAAUAGUAAAAAUUAGUUUAAAGAGAUUAAAAAAAAUAGACUAAGUCAAAUUAUAUGAAAUUAUUCACUUAAGAAGAAUUUAAAAAUAAAUUCUCAGCUCCUGUUGAAGAUUAGAUUAUCGAUUUAUUUCCAGAAUUAAUUGAUUUUAAGAUGUCAGUGAUUGACGAAGUUUCUUAAUAAUUGCUAUUUGAUAAUAUUUAAAGUUUAAACUCUGAGAAUGAUAUUAAGAUUCUAACUCAAAAUAAUAAAAAAAUGGAAAUCAUGGAUGAAAAUUCUGCUUCUAUAGUCAAUUAAGUGCUUUAAAAUGAGAAUGAUAAAAUUUUAUUAAACGAAAUAAACCUAGCAUAUUAAAUGAAUGCUUUUACCUCAUAAAAUUUUAUGUACAGAAACCUGAGUGACGAUUCAUUGUUUCAAAAUGCAUCUCAGUCUUCAUAAAACAAAGAAGAUUUUAUUUUAUCAUAAAUGUCUUAAAGUUACACGCCUGAUAACAGUAUUUUUAAGAACACAAAGCAGAUAAGAUUCGAUUUGAAUGACGAAUACUAAGGUUUUGAUUCUUCAAAUGACUAUGCAAAUUAUCAUGAUGAAAAUCCAUCAACUUAAGAAACAAAGCAAAUUGAUAAUUCUUUACUUCAUAAUUCUUUAAACAAAGUAGGAGGAGGAGAUAAAACAAUAUUCUCUAAUUUUCUCAUGAAUUUAAAUUGGGGAGACCCUAAGCAAUGGGAUAUACAAAAGCUGAGUGCUAAUAAAAGGAAAAAAAUACGUUCAAAAAAAUUGUAAGAUGAUCUAUUACUUGGAGAGAUAAAGGAAGAUAUGGAAGCUGAAGAAUAAAAUGAAAACAUAGCCAUGAAUAACCAGUAUGAAAGAUUAACGAAGCCACAAAAAUAUAUUGAUUUUAGCCUAAAUAAUGGAAAAGAAGAAAGCUAUAAAGAAGUAAUAGGCAAGAAAUUUUAGAGAUAUAAGAGUAAUUUAGGAUUAAAAUAUGUAAAAAUAAAGUAGAAAAGUACUAUUCAAAAAGAUUAUAAAAUUACCAGUGAGCAAGUAUUCUAAAUAGGUUUAAAAUACAUAGAAAAUACAAAAUAAAGUAGAAUAAAGGAAUUUACUAGUGAAUAUGACAGUUAAUUUGAUAUAUUUUAGUAGAGCUAAUAGAAUUAAAAUACAAGCUAAAAUGCUAUUAAUUAAAAUGAUGAAUAUUAAAAUGAGUACGAAGCUAUUGGCUUUGAUGAUUUAUAUGAUGAAAUGGAUGAUAGAUUUUACAAUCCUUAGAAGUAUAAUAAUUAAAGAGAUAAUAGAUUUUUUAACACACAAAGAGAAGGCUAAAGUCAAUUUGAUAUUUAAAUGAAUAACUCACCAUACGGAAGAUAUCAAUACCCUUUCUCUGCUAAUAAUAAUUCACAAAGUCUCUACACUCAAAAUAAAACCCAAAACUUUUUUUCAUAAACUAUAAAAAGAAAGCCUGUGAGAAUUAGAGAUUUAAAAGAAACAGUAUGGUAGACUAUGACUUAAUAGAAGAGCAAAGAAAAUAACAGCUAAUUAACCUAAUUAAGUUAAAUUGUAUAAGAAAAUUAAAAUAAAAGAGGAAAAAGAAAAAAUAAAGCCAAGCUAUCUGAAAAUGAAGAAUAGGAGUAAAUUGAAAGUGCGAUUACUCAAAUUAAUAGUGAAGAUGUUUCUCUCAAGUUUAGUGAUUUAAUGCAUUAAUUACCAAAUUCUCUUGGAUAAGAUAAUUAAGCUUAGGGAGUUUCAGUCUAGAAUUGCUUUAUUAGCAUACUGCAUUUGGCAAACGAAAAACAUCUUAGACUUGUUGAUCCAAGUCACACUGAGUUAGAAUUUUUUAUUUUCUUGGAUUAAACAUUACAAGAAAAUGAAAACUCAUAAAACCUUAGACGAAGCAAAAUUUAAGAAUCUUGA